AUGAGCAGAUCAAGAGCAACAUUGUUGGAGGGCUAUCUUAUCAAAAUAUCUUGUGCUGUCGCGAACCAAAAGAACCAAACGAAAACCAACACACAAGCACAAAGCUUAAAAGAUUGUUUAAUCAUCGACUUUUAUUUGUGCAUUGAAAAGGACUCGACAGUCACAAUUGAAAUAAAAUGCCCCCAAAAGAUCGAAGACUCUCAAAUAGAGAAUGAUAAUUUGCGGUCAUCCGUGAAAGCCCAAAGUCAUCGAGAACGCAGGCAUCAAGUUUCAAAUGAUCGGCUUCAACCGCCCGGAUGCAAUCGCCAGCCUUCUCGUGACAUGUUGGCAUUGUGA